CUGCACCCAGGCUAUCCUGCCAGGCUACUGGGCACCAUUACAUCCUGCACCCAGGCUGCAUAGGGUAAUAGCAGGGCAUCCUCCUUCUUAUUGUACCAAGGCUAUCCUGCCAGGAUAUUGGGCACCAUUACACCCUGCGCCCAUUCAUCAUAGGGUAAUAGCAGGGCAUCCUCCUUCAUAUUGUACCAAGGCUAUGCUGCCAGGAUAUUGGGCAAUGCUACAUCCUGCGCCCAUUCUGCAUAGGGUAAUAGCAGGGCAAUCUUCUUAUUGUACCAAGGCUAUCCUGCCAGGCUACUGGGCACCAUUACAUCCUGCAUCCAGGCUGCAUAAAUAAUAACAGUGCAUCCUCCUUCAUAUUGCACCCAGGCUAUCCUUCCAGUUUAUUGGGCACCAUUACAUCCUGCACCCAGGGUGCAUAGAUAACAGGAUAUCCUCCUUCAUAUUGCACCCAGGCGACCCUGCCAGGCUAUUGGGCACAUUACAUCCUGCAUCCAGGGUGCAGCAGAGCAUCCCACCAGCGUUCUGCAUCACAUAGGAUCACAUAGCAGAGAGCGUCUGGGUAAUGUCACCUCCUGUACGCAGCCUCCAGAGGGAACAUCAUCCUACAAACUGGAGAUGGCUGCAGCAUCCUGGAUCACAUUGUUGAGAUGAGGACACGUCACUACACGGCCUCGCUACUUUAAGAUGACACGAACCGACCCGCCUGACAUACUCUUGUCUACGGUUUAUCAAGACGUGAAGGUGACGCUGAACCCUAAUUCUCCGAUCCCCUGCUCAACUGCACAAUGCGACAGCUUCAUGUCUAGCCACAGAGAGGUCAGUCAACCACCAUUCAACAAGAGGCACUGCCGCAGCUUCGACUUCCUUGAAUCCUUAGAAGACCAGGUCAUCUACCCACCACAAGUCAUGGAAAAUUCUCAGCAAAGAGGUCACAGGCGGGCUGGGACCCCAGAACCAUCAUCGCAGCCUGUGGGGAGGAGGUCUUCUACCAGGACUGAAGCUCAAUACACUUCUCAAGGGAUGGACACUGCCAAGGACCCAUCCAAAGAACAAAGAAGGCGACCAAGGUCCAAGAGUGCGCCUCGGGUCAAAACCGCCUUCACAUCCGUUCCCAUACAGAUGUCUUCUUCACAGUCUCCUCCUCCGACUUCAAGAAGAGGUAGAGAGGUUACCAGGACUUCUCGGGAGCCUCAGAAAUCUGUGGCUUCUCCCAAAAAGGAGGUCACUUAUGCUCCUACAAAGGUAUUAAUGAACGAGGUGCACCCCAUAAAAUUACAGCCACAGCGCAACAGUGCCAGUCGGAUCUCUCCAUUGUGUGUCGGCAACAAUUGCAUGGAGGACCCUCAUACCGGGAAGCCAAUCUCCAGCCCUCACGUUCGGUGUCGGGUUGACAUAAAGCCGGAUGAUGCUGUAAUUCAGCAUGCCGCCCACACCUCCUCCAAACCCUGUCAGACUUUGGGUGAUACACAAUACUGCUCAAGGCAGCCAGGCACCCCAAGGAGCUUAGCUGUGCCAAAUGCAAGACUUAUGUCUGUGUCUCGUACGCCCACACCCAGCGACUCCUACAGUGUUGAUCCAAGGAUAACUCACUUUGCUUGCACCCCAGGGGGAGAGAUGUAUGCGCCAGAUGUGCGAGGUAUUCCUUACCAAAGUGUUGCUUCACCAAGGGACUUCACACAGUACACCACUAGAGACUGUGGGCAGUACGUCAGCCCAACCAUGCCUACUGCUUACUACUACACUGAGGAAGAUGCCAACUUUAGCCAAACCAUACCAGUCAAGAGUAGGGGGUAUUAUCCCAGACCAUAUCCUGAUUCUGGUGCUCCUGCACACACAUACUACACCGAAGAAAACCCCACAAUGGCACCAAGGACCUAUUACAUUGAGGACCCUAGAUCUUAUGCUAUUCAGGAAGCCCCGAUAAGGACGUUUUAUGGCGAGGAUGCCCGUUAUUAUCCUCCUCGUAGUGUCCCUACCAAAAGCCUUUAUGCAGAUGACCCAAGAUCUUACCCGAUUCAGAGCACAUCAUCGAAGCUCUACUUUACUGAGGACAUUGCAAAGUAUUCAGAAAGAGAGGCUUUAUCCCGGACGUACCCUUAUCCAAGAGGCACACAGCCCCUGCAUUUCAGUGAGUGGUACGUCCCUGAUCAGAGCCCCAUACCUUACCAAACCGUACAGAUGCCUGCUUUUCCCACGCACACUACUGAGAGGGAGGCAAUGCUGUCUUCUUGGCACGCCUCAUACAGCAUGAACCAGCAAAGACUUGGGACUGAUUCCAGAAAUUAUUCUCGGUCAUGGGACAAUAUUUUAAACACUAGUGGGCGCAAGGAGGACCCGCUAUCACGAGGGCGCAGCUAUGAAAACCUGUUGUGCCGUGAGCGACGUGCCUUAUCUCCAGAUGACAGACGCCAACCUGUCGUUGUUAAUCUCUCUUGCUCUCCCAAGCGCUAUGCCGCCCUCUCCCUCUCAGAGAAUUCUAUUGUAGAGAAGGUCCAUACAGAUGGGGGUGGUGGGAGGUACACAAUGGGACGAUCAUGGUUUGUCACCCCAGAAAUCACCAUAACAGACAACGAUUUAAGAGCAAAUGGAGUGGGAAGGAGUGAGCGGCGUUCGGCCAGCUGGGACAUGAUAGAUUCUGGAGUGUCACCAGCCCCUUACCCAGCACAUCCCUCCUAUACUACCAAAGAUAAGUUGCCAAGCAGGUCCUCGAGGCACCGUAGCUUGGAGCAGCUUGACGAACUCAUCGCGGAUCUGGUAAUAGAUUAUAAACCACCAUCAAGUCGCCGACCCAGUGAGGCAGAUGCCCUGGCAGAUCAAUUGAGAAAGUUAAUAAAGGAAGACAUGAUAGGGAUUCCUAGAAAAUCUGAGCCGUACAGCCAGAUGGCCCACUUAUUACAAAACAGACCUCUCAAGGAACAGCCAACUCCUACAUUCCCCGACUUACAAAGAGGUCAGAGGAGGGGGCCGUUCCCUGAGGUGCCCGUGACUAGUCCCCAUAAACCCUUAGAAGACUGUUCUCCAGACCUCAGUGCUGAUGAAGAUGAUCUUCUGACCUGUUCCAAUGCCAAGUGCAGACGCACAGAGACGAUGUUCAAUGCCUGCCUGUACUUCAAGUCCUGCCAUAGCUGCUACACGUACUACUGUUCCCGUAAUUGCCGACGGGAGGACUGGGACAUACACAAGGAGAGCUGUAUCUACGGAAGGAUGGGCAGCGUCUGCCGCCAUGUGCUCAAAUUCUGUAGAGAAAACACUGAGGUGCACAAAGCCUUCUCUAGAAUCGCCAAGGUGGGUUAUUUGUCCCGCGGGAGAGGAGUGCUCUUCUUGGGUUUCCCUAACCCAGGUUCAGCCGAUAAUUUCCUGCAACUAGGUCUGGAAGGUCUCCUCAUGUCUCCCACAUACUUGUCUCUGCGGGAGCUCGAGAACUACUCGGACAACCUUGGAGAACACGCCAAGGAGCUCCAGAUAGCCGGCAACCAGUACGACCCUGAGGAAUGUUUCAUAUUGAAUGUAACUGUGGCGGUGGGGCAAAGUGGCCCUGAUCGGCUCUCAGCCAGAGCCCACCACGUUCCCACUGUCCGCAAGUAUGCCAAAAUAGCCUUAGCCUCUUCCAGUCCGGAGAGAAAGAUCACAAAAAAGGAAAAAGAUAUGGAGACCCUCAUACUUACCCCACCACCUGGAACCGCCGACCUGGAUAAGGAUGGAGAAGAAGGAAGGAAGGCCAGGGAGGUAUGUUUUAUACAUAUCCAGAGGGAGCUUCGGAUUAGGGGGGUCUUCCUUCGACACGAGUACCCUAAGAUCUACCAGCAACUUUGCGAAUUUGUGGAGAACAAUAAGAGGUUUACCCCCACCACAAUUUACCCCAUCGAUCGAAGGACUGGCAAACAGUUCAUGUGCAUGAUCAUGGCAGCUUCGGAGCCAAGGACUCUUGACUGGGUGGCCAGUCCCAACCUCUUGGAUGAUAUCAUGUGACAAAAACACAACCUAGACAUAAAAAAAAAUCCCAAAACAACCGUCCAGACACCUUGUUUUGUAGUCUACGUAUUCUUUUGUAUCGGGAGUCAUCCCACGAUACCGCCUUUCGGGCAGGAGAUGGAUACAAGUACUUCUUACCGCUGCACUAAAAGGAUUUAGGGGGAAACCAUAACCCCCCCGAAGAGCGGGAGCCAGCAACCUAUGGCUCGGCAGCUGUUGCGGAACUACAACUCCCAGGUUGUCGGGGAGCGAUGGGAGUUGUAGUUUGGGAUCAGCUGAAGGGCCUUAGGUUGUAGACCCAUGCCCGGGAGCUUACAGUAGGCAUGCAAUAUGAUCAAUGCAGCGCAAAGGGAGCGGAGGAAUCUCUUAUGUACCAAAGGCCAAAAUUCUCGAGGAGCGAUGGUUUUUUCUAUAGAAUUACUAUAUAGUUUAUUUUAUAGUAAGACGAUAGCGUAGAUUGCUAUUUAUUAUUAUUAUUAAUAUAUAUAUUUAUUGGCUGUUUCCACCCUGAUGCCUGGUGCUGAUAUGAAAGCAAUGAGUUACUUUUUAUGAAUUUAUCAAGUGGAAUUGCGAGUUUUGGUCAAUGAUGUUUCUACGCAUACGACGCCAUAUGCUGACGCUGUUCACCUACAGUAGAUCAAGGGGGGGGGUUACUCAUUAUUUAGUUCAGUGUUUUCCAACCAGGGUGCCUUCAGGUCUUGCAAAACUACUACUCCCAGCAUGCCCGGACAGCCUUCGGCUGUCCGGGCAUGCUGGGAGUUGUAGUUUUGCAACAGCUGGAGGCACCCAGGUUAGGACACACUCAUUAUUAAGUGACAUGAGAGGUGAUAAAUGGAUUGGCAAUUGAGGGGUGUCGGCCAUUUUGUGGAUUUGACCAAUACAUGUAAGGCUAUGUUCACAUAUAGUUUUUGGAGUGUAUUUUGAGGUAUUGAAAGGGUUAUCCAGGAAUAUAAAAACAGAGCUAAUUUAUUUCAAAAACCGCUCCCCUCUGUCUCCAGGUUGGGUGUGGUUCUGCAGCUCAGUUCCCUUGAAGUGAAUGGAGCCAAGUUGUAAUACCACACCAAAACCUAGGGACAGACAUGUAGCUGUUUUCAAAGAAAUUAGCUCUGUUUUUCUAUUCCUGGAUAACCCCUUUAAAGGGGUACUCCCGUGAAAAA